UGUAUUGAGAUUUAGUAAUCUUGCUUACUUUUUCCUAAAAAGUGUGCUUUCUGGACAUUAUUAGUGCCGAUCUUACCUAAAAUGAUCAGUGAUCAAUACGUGGCUAACACAUAUCAAGUUUAGUUAACGAACUUUUACAAUUAUGGUGCAAAUGGAGACCUCGAAGAACACUAGCAAAACUAGUUCACUCAAGGCUCUAAUAUUAAAAGCCUGGCGAGAACGAUGGACUGACAUUCAAUGGGGAAUAAACAUCAAGACCAUCAUACCUCGAGGAGUCAGCGGUGAUCUCUACAACCUGGCGGAUUGUAUUCUCCAGCAAGCCAUGGUCGGAUGUGGAGCAAACCAGUUAGUAAUAUCUUAUCUUAAACAUUCUUUGGCAUCGCACAUAGUUUCGUAUGCGGCAGUGCUACAGAGAAUAUCCAAGUUCGACGCAUUUCACAAACCUCACUGCAUUUUGAGCCUUUUGGAGUUUCUGGAAAGCUUCUUGGACAGUAUAACCUGCCGGGGGAAACUGGAGGAAGAAGUAAUAGCCACAGCUGUCUCAUCCAUAAUACUGUGGCUUUUGCAAGUCUAUCACUAUUCUCUGAGUAAAUAUCCAUCAUCAAAUACCAUUCAAAGUCAAGAACUUCUAGAAAAGUCAACAACUCUUCUCAGUUCUAUAGUAAGUACUGAUUAUUUAGUAGCUAUGUUUUAUCUAGCUAAACAAAACAACCCCGAUGAAUACAACGAAGUAACCAAGAAGUGCCAAGAGAUUACAGCCUUUAUGAUGAUGAACACACAGUUCAAAGCUCCAGUGGCGAUACAUGAGACUUUACAGAAGGUUUGUAAUAUGGAUAUUGACAAAAUAGCACCACUGAAUAUCAAGCCCGAACCUGUCACUCAUUGUUUGCAAGUGUUAGUUGCUAUAAACAUUUUGGCAAACCCUAGUGCUGACAUGCAACAGCUAUCAACACAACUGCUUAUGAUAAAGAGGAUCAAGGGAUAUUCUCUGGGCAGACUCUUUUGUGAGCUAAUCCGAGCUUGCUUCAUUUCUUUGAAUGAUUCCAGUAAAGAUGCAUCUAAACAAGCACUUUGGGCGGCAUUCACAUUUCUUAAAGUGCCACAAGUUAUAAGUUACCUGCACAGCACAUGUGGCACCAGCAACAAAGAAGAUUACUCUGCAGAAACUGUUGAAGCCUUUGAGAAACUACUGCAGUCAACUCCGCUAUUGGAUAUAGUUGACACUAAAAACUCUUGUAACAGCAUUGUGUCCUUAUUGGAACCCUUAGUCAAACUUAAUGUAGUGACUGAGCAACACCUGUCCUACUUCAGCCAAAAAAGAGAAAGCAAAGACGUAAAGUUGCAAAAAUUAGAACCCACUGGCCUACAGGGAUCUGUGCCUUCAUUCAUUACACGGGCAGAACCUACUCUAGCUGGGAUAUUAAAGACAAUGUCUGGAGAUUUCCACAAAAUGCAAGAGCAACUGUAUGCCAUGCUGUGCCAGAUAGUAGGUGGAACUUCUUUAACAACAAUCUUGGCUGUUGCAGCAGUUGAAGGGAAGUUAAAGUUGUUUGUGUCAAGACUUAUCAGGUUUAAUGAAUUUGCUUUACAUGCAGCAAGCGAGAAAGGUGCUUCUCAGUCCAAGGUCUAUAUUUUUGACAUUUCAUUUUUAAUUCUAUGUUCGAUUGUGCAAGACUAUGGUGUUGAUGCAGUUUUAGAAGACAAUGGAGACUCUUUCUUUGAACAGUGGGUCAGAGAAUGUAUGCCACAAAAAGGAGUCCACAAGUCACCUGAUCAAAUUGUGCAAAAAUGUGAUCCAUCCAUAGUAGACAUUUUUAUUCACCACUUAAGUGCACCUGACUUUGAUUUCAAAAAUACCAAUUUGAAACCUCAUGAGCUCUGCAUGAAUGUGAGUCGAACUGUGAAAGAAGUAUUAUUUGCUUGGGAGCAAGGUUCAUUAUCUGCUGUAGAUGUUAAGAGAAUGUUGGAUUCUUUAAGACAGAAAAUGGCGUCACUAGCCGUAUGUGCUACUGUUUGGCUGUGUGCCUAUAUUGAUGUUGUUAUCCAAGAUGCUUUCUUGAAGCCAAUAAACAUGAUACAGCAGUUAUUGACACCACCAAGUGAGGUAGAAUUGGCCCAAAUUGAUAACUUUAAAGAGCGUGCUAUUCUAAUGUGCCAAAUUAUCCGAAAAAUGCAGUAUGACAUUCAUCCUCCAUCUGCACCAAAGAACAAAAAUGUGACUCUUCCUCAUACAAUUAUUUCACGGCAGCCAAUUUUAGAGCAAUUGCAAUCAGCCUGGGAGGACGUAAAAACGAGAGGCUAUUUGCAUAUUGAUGCCACACACAUUAUAGAAAGCCUUCUGAAUACUGCAGGACCUGUGUGGUUUGUUACGAAUCUUGUGAAAGAAACUUUGAAAUUUAGAUACCAGGAAGACCUUGAUAGGUCUGUGGAUAUAGUUCUUGCCAUGUUCCAUUUAGACAUUGAAAAGUGUACAGAAGCUAUGCUUUUACAUGUCUUACCACAGUAUUUAUACAAUGCAAAGUUAUCUGAAGAACUAGUGGAGCCUCAAUCUGCCACAUUAGCCAAAUUGGCAGUGUACUGUGUCUUUGCUGCACUUGAACAGAGCAGCUCAAACAAGGCUCAGAAUACUAGAAAACGCCGUCAUGAGGAUGCUGAUGAUAUGGAUGCAAUGGUCUCCUCAAGUAAAGUUCGGAGACUGAAUGAUAAUAGUACGGAUAGUUCCGUGUAUUAUAAUAUGCAGGGACAGAGUGUGCCUGGGAUGAAUAUGAGAGAACCAUUAGCAUCUGCUUUAGAAACUUUGUAUAAAUCAUUCUCGCAACUGGCUGGAAAAAAUGGCGAUGUCACUCCUCAGACACAAUUUAUACUCGAGUUUUUGGUGUAUGUCGUGCAGUGUGGUCAAGACAGAGCACAAGUGGUAUUGCAGAAAAUGCCUAGUGAACUAGUUCCAACACUUAUAAAGGCUCUUCCGGAUACUUUUAACAUAAAUUUGAUUUUGAGAUUACAUGAUUUGUCUACUCCUUAUGGCAGAAAAGAUACUGCCAGAGACUUAUGUCUGCUCAGAAAUAUGAGACUGAGGCCUGAGUAAAUGUUGUAUGUAACUUUAAAGGUAUUCAUUGGUGUUGGAUUAAAAUGUAUGUUAAUGAAUAUUUGUAAUAGAGGGUAAGAAAAUAAAACUUUUUAAAAUGUAAAAUCUUUACUUUUUCAAACUCAAUUCAACAAUGUGGCAAUUAAAAUUAAAACUAGUUUUUCAAUACUUUUUACAAUAUCUUACGGAAGACUGACAUUUCUUCUUAUAAUAAUAUAUACCAUCAAACUUCCUAUUU